AAUCAUAUAUCACGAAAAUUCCCACGAUUUCCAAGAUUUAACAUUACUGCAGGCACAAUGCGAACUCAGCCUACAGUAACCCACCCACCCACACAAGUGAUAAAAGAGAGAGUUCAUAAUGUUAUUCUGGCAAAAGAAGCCGACAGACCACUGUUACCUAUUAUUGAUAAUUUUAAUAAUUUAAGUGAAUUUAUUAAUUAUAAACAUUGCACAAAAUUAGCCAAUAGAAAUCUAUCUUUGAAUCUACCUGAAGAAACUCAACAAUUAAUUUUACCUCAACAAGAAAUGAAAGAAAUAAAAUAA